GCGACCAAGAUCCAGACGGAUCUCUGAGUCAGCCUGCAGGCCAGUCAGUCAGGGCGGCAACACAGAACUGCAUCCAAAUACUAAACACAAUCGAUAGCGUGGAGCACCGACACUGAGCGAACACUGGAGACACUCCGUGCAGGUUGGUUAUUUGAACAGAAAUAACAAGAGAAACAACCUAAUUGCAGUGAAGGUAAAAACUAAAAGACAUAGAAAAGGAGCGAAAGCAGUUGAAAUCCUCAAGUGCCUUUUUCAGCACCUUGGACAGAGCUCAGAUCAACAUGGCUCCCAUUGUGACAGGGGAAGCUCAGUUUGCCACGGUUCCUGCUGCCGUAGGUAUCAUAAGUGCAUUCGGUCUGGUCUUCACCGUGUCCUUGUUUGCAUGGAUCUGCUGCCAGCGCAAAUCUGCAAAAACCAACAAAACUCCCUCUUACAAGUUUGUGCAUAUGCUCAAGGGCGUGGACAUUUACCCAGAAAACCUGAACAACAAAAAGAAGUUCGGGGCGGACGAGAAAACAGAACUGAACACCAAAAAUGCCGCGUCCCCCAUCGGUACCAAGAACGCAUUACACUUGGAACUGGACAAGCGAGACCUGAACGGGAACUUCACCCAGCCCCAUCACAAGGUUCGGAGCUCGCCCGACCUGGACAUCCCUUCGCCCCAGAAAUACUUUGUGGAGGAGGGUAAGGAGCUGGUUUCUCCCGAGUGUUUGCUAUCAAAUAAAGCGCCUUCCUCGACCGAGAAAACAGAAAAGAAAGCCAAACUUGGGACACUCUUCUUUUCUUUAGAAUACAACUUCGAGAAGAAAGCCUUCGUCGUCAACAUCAAGGAAGCGCACGGACUCUCCGCCAUGGACGAGCAGUCUAUGACCUCCGACCCCUAUGUGAAAAUGACCAUCUUGCCGGACAAAAAACACAAGGUCAAAACCCGGGUCUUGAGGAAGACUUUGGACCCCACCUUUGAUGAAACCUUUUCUUUUUAUGGCAUCCUUUACAGUCAAGUGGAAAACCUGGCCCUCCACUUCAUUGUGCUUAGUUUCGACAGGUUUUCCCGGGAUGAUGUGAUCGGGGAGGUCCUGGUACCACUGUCUGGGAUCGAUCUGUCACAAGGUCGGAUUCUGAUGAACCGGGAGAUCAGCAAACGCAACGUCAGGAAAGCUGUUGGCCGCGGAGAGUUGCUGGUGUCCCUGUGUUAUCAAUCCACCACGAACACUCUGACCGUGGUGGUGCUGAAAGCGCGUCACCUUCAGAAGUCGGAAUCUUCUGAACUCUCAGACCCAUAUGUGAAGGUGAACCUGUACCAAGGCAACAAGCGCGUCUGCAAGAAGAAGACCCACGUGAAGAAGUGCUCCCUGAACCCCGUAUUUAACGAGCUGUUCGUCUUCGACAUCCCCUCAGAGGGGGAACUGAAGGAUACCAAGGUGGAGCUGCUUCUGCUCGACUCCGGACGGCUGUCACGCAACGACGUCAUCGGGCAGCUGCUGCUGUGCGCCACUGCGGAGGGCACUGUGGGCGAGCACUGGAGGGAGAUCUGUGAGCACCCGCGGAGACAGAUCGCCAAGUGGCACAUCCUUAGUGAGGGCUAGUGUUCCCCCAGCGGACCGUCCAGGGCAGGACUACCGUGUGCAAAGCGUGAUUAAAUAAUUAAUUAAUUAAUUAAUCAAUUAAUGAAUCAGCCAAUUAAUUUACUAAUUAAUUAAUGAAUUAAUUAAUUAAUCAAUCCAUCAAAUGAUUGGGUUCAGUUCAGUGAGGAACUGUCUGCACAUCUGACCAUCAACAAUCCAAAGACAGUAGAUGAAUUCUCAAAAUACGAAGAAAAAAAAAACAACCAUGCUUUUCAUCUACCACAGCAUUACCUUGUACAGCUGUUUGUCUGACUAUUAUAUUGUGAACUGUUAUUAACAGAAGAAUACUUCUAUAUUAUGAUGUUGUUAUUGCGUGCAUUUUUUAAAAUCAAUGCAAUCAUUUAUUUAUUUUGUAUUUGUAUCUAUUUAUUUAUUUAUCUAUCUUAUUUUUGUAGGCACAAUGCUAUUUCAUAUGCCAUGCCAAUUGGAGCACAGCCUAAAUAGGCAAUUGAAUGAUGUUGGUUAUUGAGACAAGAAGCAAGGUUGCCUGUCUUGUAGUGUAUGAUACUCAGAAAAGGUUUGGUCAGCCAGACUGUAAGGAACAGGGAAGCCUGACACUGUGCAUAUAUACAACCUGUUAUAAAUCACCUGACAUCUUGGGAACAUGACAAGUUUUAUUUCAUAUGGUCAAGCAGAUGAGGUAUUAAUGGCAAAACACUGUCUUGGUAUAUUGUUACACUUGUUUGGUAAGGGAAAGGAGGGGUGUUAUGAAUUGAUGUAUUGGCCUGUACACAGGGACCAGAUGGCACAUAGUUUUAUCACUAGUAAAACAAAUACUAAAUUAGCUGGUAAAGAUCAUAUAGAAUAGUUUGUUUCUCAUAAGAUACACUUCCAGAAAAAAAUCGUGCUAUUCAUGUAUUUAUUUAUUUAUUUAUUUAUUUAUUUUUGGUUCUACAAAGAGCCAUUGUAAUAUUUCCAUAAUGGGUUAUAUAAAAUGGUAGGUAUUAUUUAUUGUAUAUAUUUUUUAUAUUAUUUACUCUCGUCCAUAUCAAGGAGGGGGCUUUGUCUUCCCCAUCUUUAGGAGUAAAUGUUGAAUUACUUGUUUUGUUUUUUUCUUUAAAUGUCCAAGCAAAUGACCAAGUUGUUAAGGAUGUGUGGUUUUUAGCCCUUUCGCUCUGCUGUUAUUGUUUUUCAGGUGUCCAUAUUUAGUGUUUCAGGGAGAUCAAACUGAUUACAGAUUUCAAAUGGGAAAUAUAAAUUAAUAUCAAUUUGUAGAUAUGUAAAAUUCAGUAAAAUUCCUAAAGCAAUUUUUUUUUUUAAUAUCACUACUAUCACUCUGGAAGAUUUAAACAGUUUUCCAAUCAGUGUUCUUUGUCCUGUCUCAACUGAAAGACCUGAAUAAGCACAGCAGUACUUGCCGUGAAAGUCAUGUCAUUGCAUCAUCUGAAUUGUCUCACCGGUGUUGUGCUAUGUCUUGUCCUAGCAGCAAAAACAAAUGUGCAUUAAUGCAAACACAUCAUGUCUGGUGCAGUUUUCCCCUGAUAAAAUUAAGGGAAUAAAGGUCAAAGACAAAA